UGGAAAACUCAGGCUCCGCCCUUUCGGAGCCCCAGUGAUGGCUGCUGCUGUGCACGCGUGGGUCUAGUCUCGGCGAAGUUAGUAGUUAAGUGUUUCUGAGCGAGCUGUGGAGCUGAUCGCCGACAUGAUGGAGACAGAGAGCGCGGCCGCCCCAGAGGAGGCCUUCACCAGCGUGAAAAGCAGGAAAAGGAAGGCGACUGAGAAGCCGAUGGACACCGGGGAGAAGCCAACCAAGAGGCCCGACUUCCCCCCGAUAUCUGGGGACAAGUUAAUGGGAGACAAAGAUGAGAUGAGAAAAAUCCCGGUACCGUCUCACAGAUACACCCCACUCAAAGAAAACUGGAUGAAGAUCUUCACCCCAAUAGUGGAACAUUUACAUCUGCAAAUUCGAUUCAACCUAAAAUCAAGAAAUGUGGAAAUAAGGACGUGUAAAGAGACCACGGAUGUGGCGGCUCUCACGAAAGCCUCUGACUUUGUGAAAGCUUUCAUCCUGGGAUUUCAAGUAGAGGACGCUUUAGCCCUGGUUCGACUCGAUGACCUGUUUUUGGAGUCCUUCGAGGUGACGGAUGUUAAGCCUUUGAAAGGAGACCAUCUCUCUCGUGCAAUUGGAAGAAUAGCCGGGAAAGGAGGAAAGACAAAAUUCACCAUAGAAAAUGUCACCAGGACAAGGAUAGUUCUUGCAGAUUCAAAAAUACACAUCCUGGGAUCAUUUCAAAACAUAAAGAUGGCGAGGACCGCGAUAUGUAACCUUAUUUUGGGAAGCCCACCAUCAAAAGUAUAUGGAAAUAUCCGGGCUGUGGCAAGCAGGGCAGCUGAACGCUUUUAACACAGAGAUCGGACUGACGUGACCUUUCAUGGGAAUUUCUGCUGUGCCGCUGGAACAAGCAGUAGGCAGUUUGGAAAAGUUGCACGUUUUGGAAUACUUGGCCAUCUUGCCUUUGGAAUUAAAUCUAGGCCUGCCGAGUUUGCACAUUGGGCUGAAACCAUUCAGACUUUCAACAAAAGGAUAGAGUUUUAAGAUUGUCUAGAACAAAACCUUAUGGCCUCUAACUUCUUAAAAAUAAACUCUAAAACCGC